ACCCAAAUAAUUUGUACAUUAGGCGCAAAGAUUUUAUCGGAAUGUUUUAAGUAAUACAAUCCAAAAGUAGGAUUAUUAUUAUUAGCAAAGGAAAAUAACUGCAUAAAUAUGUUAUCGAAUCGAAUUUUAUUUAUUUUAAAGAAUAAAUCAAUUUAUCAGAAUGCACAACAACGGGUAAUAUAUUUUGGAUCACACAUUACAAGAAAUUUUAGCACAAAAAAUAAACCAAAUAUUGCAGAGAAAUAUGGAAAUGACAAUAAUAGUGGAUUUAAAAAUUUUCUGAAACGUUUUAAUUUAUUCGAUUACACUUCGAUUAAAUUAAAAGUUUCUGGAUAUGUUGUGUAUGAGUCUAUUGUGGAUAACACUGAUUAUACGUCUUUUUUCGAAAAAUACAAUUUACCUGAUACAUUUUAUACAUGGUUCGUUGUCACCGAAUUACAUAUAUGGAUAUUGUCUGUACGAGCAUUAGCUGAAGGUGAUGAUGGAAGAACAAUUAGAAAUGCUAUGAUAGAAGCGCUAUGGACAGAUGUACAACGUCGUGGUAAAAAGCUUUUGAUUCCAUCGUCAGAAUUAUCAAGACAGAUUAAUGAAUUGGCUGCCCAAUUUAAUGCAGCUCUUAUUGGUUACGAUGAAGGUUUAUUAUCGGAGGAUGAUCGUAUUUUAGCUGGAGCACUUUGGCGACGUAUAUUUCAACAAAAAUGUUCUAGUGCACAAGAAUUAGAUGCUCUAACAGAAUAUGUUAGGCAUCAGAUAUCACAUUACGAUAAGUUAUCAAAAGAAGAAUUAUUUGAGAGACGUGAUAAUAUCAUAUGGUCCGAUGGAAAAUGA